AUGGAAAUCCCAACUAUAAAUUAAUUAGAUUUAAGUAUUGAUUAAUAGCAUAUAAAUUAAAGUCAACCUUAGAGUAAUAAAAAUUUAAGAGUCAAACACAAAAAUGUAAGUAUAGGUUCUAUUUUAUUCAAAUAAUUCAAUAUUUGCAGUGUCACAUUCCCAUUGUCGAUUGUGCUUCUGCUCUACUUUUGGAUUUUGUUCAUCUACUAACAAGUGAAUGACGAACUAUUUAGUUGUGUGCUCUACAGCUGCGGAGCCAAGUUUCGGCCAGAUAUUCAACACAGGAGUUAAUUUUAUCGGAUGUUGAUCUCCAUCCCUCAAUUCGGGGGAAUCAGCCACAUCAUCAUAGGGUUCGUCACCAUUCAAAUGUACGGGUACAUUGCAGAGUACAAGUACGGCAGAUUGAAGUACAGCCUCAUCCUGUUUCUGGCAGGCUACUCAAGCAAUCUGAUGAGCUCCCUCGUUUACCCCUACAGUUUAACCGUGGGGAGUUACGGGAUUGUAUUUGGAGUGCUGACACUCUACGGGUUUAUAAUCAUUUAAUAGAAAUAAUUGGGAUAAUACAAGAAAUUGAUUGUAGGCAUAUACUUUUUGGUAUUCUGCAUCAAUUUUGUUCCCAUCAUCUCAAUCAAUCAAAUUGAUAUUGCGUGCAUCUUUGGUGGUAUCCUCUCCACUCUGUUGAUGGGAAUCUUUUUUCAAAAAUUUGAUUUCCAAAGGGGAUACCUCAUCUCUUAUGCUGCUUUAACACUCUUACUAAUUUACUUGAUCAUUGGCACAACUUUGCUAUUCACGAUGGAAGUGGAGGACAUAUAAAUGAGUAGGUUUUGUUGA